AAGCCCCACAAGUUAGCCCAGAACGACCCCACCUGGGAUCGUUACCUCCGUGAGCUGUGGCUUCUCACACCACACUGGAUGCUGCCCAGGGCUGGUGGCCAGAGCGUCUUGUGGCUCCUCAGUCAUCUUGAACAUUCCUGUAACUCGGGUAGGAUUUAAUUUCUGUGUCCCUCUUAUCCCGCUACCCGCAACUGAUUGCCCACCUUCGGAUACAUCUUUGCGGGGGGACCUACACGGCACCGCAAUGCAACCUCCAGGCCAGGCGGGGGCGGUGUGUGAAAGAAGAGCAUCGGAGUGGGGCGGAGGUGAUGCCCCACGUUGGACACCGCACGCUGACUAAACCUUCCGGAAGUGACGCACCUGCCCGUAGGCGGUCACCCGGUGGCGGAAGUGCGGCUGUGUGCGAACACGCCGUAGUUUCACCGUGAAGUUUGGUCCACGCUCUUCUGGUAGUGGGCUCGCGGCCGCGGAUAUGGCACACUACAACUUCAAGAAGAUUAUGGUGGUUCCGUCCGCCAAGGACUUUAUCGACCUGACAUUAUCAAAGACUCAACGAAAGACUCCAACAGUUAUUCAUAAACAUUACCAAAUUCAUCGCAUUAGACAUUUUUACAUGAGGAAAGUCAAAUUUACGCAACAAAAUUACCAUGACAGACUGUCACAGAUUUUAACAGAUUUCCCCAAAUUGGAUGAUAUCCAUCCAUUUUAUGCUGAUUUGAUGAAUAUUCUCUAUGACAAGGAUCAUUACAAGUUGGCUCUUGGACAAAUAAAUAUUGCUAAAAAUUUAGUGGACAAUGUUGCUAAAGAUUAUGUACGGCUUAUGAAAUAUGGAGAUUCUCUCUACCGCUGCAAACAGCUGAAACGGGCUGCCCUUGGGCGAAUGUGUACUAUUAUCAAGAGACAGAAACAGAGUUUGGAAUAUUUGGAACAAGUGCGUCAGCAUUUAUCCCGUUUGCCAACCAUUGAUCCAAAUAUGAGGACUCUUCUUUUGUGUGGGUACCCGAAUGUCGGAAAAUCCAGCUUCAUCAAUAAGGUGACAAGAGCUGAUGUGGAUGUUCAGCCUUAUGCCUUUACGACCAAAUCUUUGUUUGUUGGGCACAUGGAUUACAAAUACUUACGUUGGCAGGUUGUAGAUACUCCAGGAAUUUUGGAUCACCCUUUGGAGGAUAGGAACACCAUUGAAAUGCAGGCCAUCACAGCACUGGCCCACCUUCGUGCUGCAAUUCUGUAUGUAAUGGAUUUGUCUGAACAGUGUGGACAUGGAUUGAAGGAGCAGCUAGAACUCUUCCAAAAUAUUAGACCUCUCUUUAUCAAUAAGCCUCUUAUAGUUGUGGCCAACAAAUGUGAUGUGAAGAGAGUAGCUGAACUUGCUGAAGAUGAUCAGAAAAUAUUUAUAGAUUUGCAGGAUGAAGGAUUUCCUGUAAUAGAAACCAGCACCCUGACAGAGGAAGGUGUUAUUAAAGUUAAAACAGAGGCUUGUGAUAGGCUUUUGGCUCAUCGGGUUGAAACCAAAAUGAAAGGAAAUAAAGUGAAUGAGGUGCUGAACAGAUUGCAUUUAGCUGUACCAAACAAAAGAGAUGAUAAGGAAAGGCCUCCUUUCAUCCCAGAAGGAGUAGUGGCUCGUAAGAAGAAAAUGGAAACUGACGAGCCUAAAAAGAGACGGGAACGAGAUAUUGAGCUGGAAAUGGGAGAUGAUUAUAUUUUAGAUCUUCAAAAGUACUGGAAUUUAAUGGAUUCAGCUGAAAAAUAUGAUAAGAUACCAGAGAUCUGGGAAGGCCAUAAUAUAGCUGAUUAUAUUGAUCCUGAUAUCAUGAAGAAAUUGGAAGAGUUAGAAAAAGAAGAAGAACUAAGAACAGCUGCCGGAGAGUAUGACAGUGAAUCUGAAAGUGAAGAUGAGGAAAUGGUGGAAAUCCGACAGUUGGCAAAGCAAAUUAGAGAAAAAAGGAAACUGAAAAUUCUGCAGUCCAAAGAAAAGAAUAUUCAGGGACCCAGAAUGCCUCGAACUGCUAAAAAGGUUCAGCGCAAAGUUUUGGAGAAUGAGAUGCGUAGUCUGGGUGUUGACAUGGAUGAUAAAGACGAUGCCCACUAUGCAGUCCAGGCAAGAAGAUCUCGGAGCAUUACCAGGAAAAGAAAACGGGAAGACUCUGUUCCAUCUGCUUCCGUAGCUCGGAGUCGAAGCUGCUCUCGAACUCCACGUGAUGUUUCUGGUCUUAGGGAUGUCAAGAUGGUGAAGAAAGCCAAGACUAUGAUGAAGAAUGCUCAAAAGAAGAUGAAUCGCUUGGGGAAGAAAGGGGAGGCAGAUAGACAUGUGUUUGAUAUGAAGCCCAAACACUUACUAUCUGGAAAGAGGAAAGCUGGUAAAAAGGAUAGAAGAUAGGUAUCCUUUUGAAUUGAAAUUGACUGAACUAAUUUGUUUGUUUUUUGGUUUUGUUCGCUUUGGUUUGGUAUGGUUUCAUAAAGUUGGGGUAAAUGAUCUAUAAACUGAAAAAAAAAAAACAAUGAAAAUAA